CGGGGGGAGCCGCCCGCCCUGCCCAGCCUCCGGGGCGGCGGCGGGGCCGAGGCGCGGCCCGGUCGUGGGUCCGGGAUGCUGCCGGCGCUGCCGGACGGCGAGGAGCGGGAGCCGGAGAGCAGCGAGGAGGGCGGCGGGGCGGGGGAGGAGCGGCGGCCGGAGCGGCACGGCAGCACCUACCACAGCCUCUACGGCUACCGGGGCUGCAGGUCCCCGCAGGGAGCAGCCAGCGGCGAUGGCAGCCCCAGCAGCGCGGCCGCAGAGACACCCUCCACCGAAGACUUCAGCCUUUCCUUGCUGGACACUAAUUUACCAGCUGAAGCGGAGACUGAAUUGCGCAGUUUUAUCGCUAAGCGUCUUACUAAAGGAGCCUUGUUUGAAGGAAUGGGGAAUGUAGCGUUAGUGGGACUGAGCAUACCAGAAAAUAAAAUUGGCUGUUACUACUGUCAUUUCCAACAAGAAAAUCUUCUAGAAAUGGCAACACUGGAAUCAGACAUGAAUGCUCCAGAAUAUGUGGUUUGUUUCUUAGGUGGCUCAGAGAAAGGUUUGGAACUUUUCAGACUUGAGCUGGACAAAUACAUUCAAAGUCUGAAGAUAAACCUUGCUUUGGAGCAAAAAACCCUGGAGACCUAUGUUAACCCCUACUUGAGAAGCUGGUUUGAGAACGCCAUAUGCCCUAUUCAGAGAGUAGUACAGCUCUUCCAGGAGAAACUCGCCUUCUUGUUACAUGCUGCUUUGAGUUAUACUCCUGUAGAAGUAAAAAACGCAGAUGAAAGAACAGAAAAAGACAUCAGCAGGUUUCUGGCAGCUGCCAGCCUCCAAGGACUUGUUCAGGAAGAAACGAUGACCUCCUUGUGUAUUGCCAUGACUGAGGAACAGCACAAGUCAAUGAUUAUAGACUGCGGUGGACCUCAGCCUCAGUUGCAUAAUGCAGGAAGCAACAGAUUCUGUGAGGACUGGAUGCAUGCUUUUCUGAACGGUGCUGAAGGCGGAAAUCCGUUUCUCUUCCAGCAGAUUUUGGAAAACUUUAAAUUGAAGGCUAUACAAGACAUCAACAACCUGAAGAGGUUCAUCCGCCAGGCUGAAAUGAACCACUACGCCUUGUUCAAGUGUUACAUGUUUCUAAAGAACUGUGGCAGUGGAGACAUCCUUUUGAAGAUCGUUAAAGUAGAGCAUGCAGAAAUGCCAGAAGCCAGAAAUGUAGUGACUGUCCUUGAGGAAUUCAUGAGAGAAACAUCAGUGGCUUAAAAUUUCUUAAGUAUUCUGUACUUGUUUGAUGGUAUUGUAUAAAUCAUUAAUUUCUUCCGUGCAGCUUAGUUUCACUAUUGCAGGACUUUUAAUUUAUAUUUAAAAGUAUUACCUAAGUCAAACCUAAGUUGCAGUUUCCUCUGCCUUUUCUCUUUUUUAGGUAAAGCAAUAUGAGCUUUUUUUAAUGUGUAAAUAUCAGCCCAUACAAAUUCCUGCAUAGUUUUCAGUGCUUACCAGAUUCUCCAAAUGAGUUGCUCCUUUUCUGAGGAAAUAAUGAGAUUUGUGUUUUACAGUCAUUUUACACAAAAAAAAACCCAAACACAAAUCCCUUACCUGGCAAACAUUUCAGUGUUUUAAAUAUUUUAAAUAUCUUUAAAAUGAUCAUAUCUAAUCAUUAAGAUCUGGUUACUUUAGUUUUAACGUAUAAAGAAGCACAAACAUCUGGAUAAAUCAUAGUAAAUGAAUUAAUCAUACUUGUUUAUAUAAGAGAACAUAAGUAACAAGUCUGUAGCUAGUUUUCACGUUCUGCUUCAAAUUGGCAGAUUCAACUUGUUAAUUGGUAUGAAACAGAACUGCCUUAAGCCUGAAGAGAGUUUUAGGAAUCUGUUUGCAUGUGCUCAUACGUGUAUGCACACACGCUGGAUAGACAUAUUAAAUUUCCAGGCUAUUUGAUGAAUCCCAUUCUUCAUUAGUUUGUGUUGUGAUCAAGACCUUUGUGCGUUCUUAGCACCCGUUUUGUAUUACUGUAAGUCAUCAUGUUUUUCAAUCAUGGAUAAUUAAACUUGAAAAUUUGACAGAUUAAAUAUUAACUAUAAAUUAAUAGAAACUUCUUCAGAAAUUGACAUAAACUAAGUUCCCAAGUUAAUUAUUCAGACUUUAAAACAUUUAAUUGUAUUUCAGCAAUGAAUUCUUACCCACAUCAUAGGACAUUUAGACAGCAGAAGACUUGAAGAAAAUCUUUGGCUACAGAUGGAAUCAAAACUUGGGAGGCCUCUGAGUGGCCACAUCACCGAGGUCUAUUUCUGCAAACCUGAUACAAGCAAAACUCCCUGUUGCUUUCCUUUGCCGCAGAGGCUGUUUGAACACCUCACAUGGGGGAUUUGAACAGCUCUCCCUGAAACAGUAACUGUAGCACUCUUCCUACUGCAGUGAAGUUCGACUCUGUGUUCUGCCAGAGCUGUGCUGUGAUGACAGAAGUUGAAUGCUUUCCUGUGACACCACUGUGUUGAACCUAUAAUAAGGUUUACAAUAAAACAUUCAAAUCCGUAA